AUGCCUGUUGCUAGACACACAAUAGAGAGGCGAAUUUCUGUUCUAAGUGCCGAUAUUUUAAAUAAUUUACAAACAAAUUUAAGCAAGUGUUUAGCAGUAAGCCUGACACUGGACGAGUCUACUGAUAUUAAAGAUAUGCCACAACCUGCCAUAUUUGUGAGGUAUGAGUCAAAAAACUUGGAGAUGAUGGAAGAACUCUUAGACCUAGUUACUUUGAAGAAUACUAAUCGGGGUUGUGACAUAAAAGAAGCCCUGGAUGGGGUUUUACAGAAAAACGCAGUGCCUAUCGGUAAUAUUGUCAGCAUUGCUACUGAUGGUGCACCUUCUAUGACUGGUACGAACCAAGGGCUUAUUGGACUAUUAAAAUUUAAAAGCUGA